AUGUCAGCAAAGUCCAUUCUUGAGGCCGACGGCAAGGCCAUUCUCAACUACCACCUAACUCGCGCUCCUGUCAUUAAGCCUACUCCUCUGAAGGCUUCUGGCGUUCACAACCCUCCUCCUAAGUUGGCCUCUAUCUUCUUUCCUGAAGACCAGUCAGUCAAGACCGUUUUGGACCAAGCUGAGGCCACUUAUCCCUGGCUCCUCCAGCCCGGCUCCAAGUUCGUUGCAAAGCCAGAUCAAUUGAUCAAGAGAAGAGGAAAGAGCGGUCUUUUGGCCCUGAACAAGACAUGGACUGAGGCAAGAAAAUGGAUUGAGGAGAGAGCCCGCAAGGAGAUCAAGGUCGAGCACGUCAUAGGCACUCUUUGCCAGUUCCUCGUCGAACCCUUUGUGCCCCAUCCUCAAGAUACUGAAUACUACAUUAACAUCAAUUCCGUGCGAGAUGGCGACUGGAUCCUCUUCACCCAUGAAGGUGGCGUGGAUGUCGGUGAUGUUGAUGCAAAGGCCAAGAAGAUCCUGAUCCCAGUCGACCUGAAGAAAUUCCCUUCAAACCAAGAACUGGCUGCGACACUGUUACCCGACGUGCCCAAGGGUGUCCACAAUGUCCUGAUCGACUUCAUUGUCCGCCUGUACUCCGUCUACGUGGACUGCCAAUUCACCUACCUCGAAAUCAACCCCCUGGUCGUCAUUCCAAAUGCCGCAGGCACCUCCGCCGAAGUCCAUUUUCUCGAUCUUGCCGCCAAACUCGACCAAACGGCUGACUUCGAGUGCGGUGUGAAGUGGGCCAUUGCCCGAAGCCCCGCUGCUCUUGGUCUGCCCGGUGUCAAAACCGACGGAAAGGUCACCAUCGAUGUCGGCCCGCCAAUGGAGUUCCCUGCGCCCUUCGGUCGUGAGCUCAGCAAAGAAGAGAAAUACAUUGCGGACAUGGACGCGAAGACUGGUGCUUCGCUCAAAUUGACCGUUCUUAAUGCCAAGGGCCGCAUCUGGACCUUGGUCGCGGGUGGUGGUGCUUCGGUGGUGUACGCCGACGCUAUUGCUUCCGCCGGCUUUGUCAGCGAACUGGCCAAUUACGGUGAAUACUCCGGCGCCCCGACAGAGACUCAGACGUACAACUAUGCGAGAACUGUUCUGGAUCUGAUGCUCCGAGCACCCAUGCACCCCGACGGCAAGGUUCUCUUCAUUGGUGGCGGCAUUGCAAAUUUCACAAAUGUUGCUUCAACAUUCAAGGGUGUCAUCCGUGCACUCAGGGAGGUGGCUCCCGUUCUCAAUGAGCACAAGACUCAGAUCUGGGUUCGUCGCGCUGGUCCCAACUAUCAGGAAGGUCUCAAGAACAUUAAGUCGGUGGGUGAGGAGUUGGGUCUGAACAUGCAUGUGUACGGCCCGGAGAUGCACGUCUCUGGCAUCGUACCCCUGGCUCUUUUGGGCAAGACCACAACUGUCCCCGAAUUUGGUGCUUAG